GACCGCUUCUUCUUCUCUUGUCAAAGGCAUUAGCUCUCGAGUGUUGGUUGUCGAUUUCGAUGCCCCAAUCUGGCACCUGGGUACUGUUUCCCGAGCUCCACCCUGAUUCUUUUGGUUGCUCUAUCUCGUUUUUUUCGUCGCGGAAGCCAUUGAUGUGAAAGCUCCGAUAACUUGUGAAUCGAUGCGUGGUUUUUAGUUUCUUCCUUACUUAGCCGCUAAUCGGAUUUUUAGGGUUCUUUACAAAGUCUGCCACUUUGAAUUAGAUGCGUUACCAAGAUAUAGACACUGCUUAAAGCUUGCUAUUAGUUAGAAUUCAGAGCCAUGUCCUUCAAGAGUCUCAUUCAAGACAUGAGAGGAGAGCUUGGGAGUAUUUCUAGAAAGGGAUUCGAUGUCAGAUUCGGCUAUGGUAGAUCCAGGUCUCAACGUGUUGUUCAGGAUACUUCUGUUCCUGUUGAUGCUUUCAAGCAGAGCUGCUGGGCUAACAUGCCUCCGGAGCUCCUCAGGGAUGUUCUGAUGAGGAUUGAGCUAUCCGAAGACACUUGGCCCUCUAGAAAGAAUGUUGUUUCUUGCGCUGGUGUCUGCAGGAACUGGCGUGAGAUCGUCAAGGAGAUUGUCAAAGUUCCUGAGGUUUCUAGCAAAUUGACUUUUCCUAUCUCCCUGAAACAGCCGGGUCCAAGGGGAUCACUUGUUCAAUGCUAUAUUAUGAGAAACCGCAGCAAUCAAACCUACUACCUAUACCUCGGGUUAAACCAAGCAGCAGCUUCAAAUGAUGAUGGAAAGUUCCUUCUUGCUGCUAAGAGGUUUCGGAGGCCAACUUGCACUGACUACAUCAUCUCCUUAAACUGCGAUGAUGUCUCCAGAGGAAGCAAUACCUAUAUCGGAAAGCUAAGAUCUAACUUUCUGGGGACCAAGUUCACUGUCUAUGACGCUCAGCCGACGAAUCCUGGAACUCAGGUUACCAGAACCCGUUCAAGCAGACUUCUCAGUCUGAAACAAGUGAGCCCAAGAAUUCCAUCUGGCAACUAUCCUGUAGCACACAUCUCAUAUGAGCUUAACGUCUUGGGUUCCAGAGGACCGAGGAGGAUGCAGUGUGUCAUGGAUGCCAUCCCUGCAUCAGCUGUAGAACCUGGAGGAACAGCUCCAACUCAGACGGAACUUAUCCACAGCAAUCUUGAUAAUUUUCCGUCUUUCUCCUUCUUCAGGUCGAAAUCAAUUCGUGCAGAGAGUCUUUCUUCUGGUCCAGCGUCUGCUGCUCAGAAGGAAGGACUGCUUGUCCUGAAGAACAAAGCGCCCAGAUGGCAUGAACAGCUCCAAUGCUGGUGCCUCAACUUCAAUGGGAGAGUCACUGUUGCUUCGGUCAAAAACUUUCAGCUGGUAGCUGCUCCUGAGAAUGGACCUGCAGGACCUGAGCACGAAAACGUGAUUCUCCAGUUCGGGAAAGUCGGAAAAGAUGUGUUCACAAUGGAUUAUCAGUACCCAAUCUCUGCCUUCCAGGCCUUCACCAUUUGCCUUAGCAGUUUCGACACCAAGAUAGCAUGUGAAUGAUUUCCAACAAACCGUGUGACUCCGGGUUUAUUUAGUUGUAUCAUGUUGAAAGAGAAGACUGGUUUGGCCUCGUCUUAGAAGUGUGUGUACAUAGUUUCAAAAGUCUUGGCAAGUCCAUACAAAAAGAGAGAGUCAAGAAUCGAAGACCGUAGAUUAUGUUUGUUGUUGUUGUUGCAUUGUGUUGCUAGUGAUUGUAGUUUCAGACUAUGAUUUCAUUUCUCUGAUAAUUAAUUUGAUCGUGUUUU